CAGAAAUCCUCUGCCAUUGCACUGGUGCUCUUGUCAUCCCAGCUGGUUCCUGCUGGGUGCUCAUUAGUAGAUGCUUUUUCUUAGAACUUGAGACUUCAGUUGAUUCCCCAAGAUGUUUGCAAAAGCAACAAAGAAUUUUGUGAGAGAAACCGACAGUGGGGGUGACUUGAUCCCUGUCUCCCACUUGAAUGCCUCAGACAAGCUGCAGCUUCUGAGCUUAGUUACAAAGAGGAAGAAAUUCUGGUGCUGGCAGAAGCCCAAGUAUCAUUUUUUGACAGUCACCCUGAAUGAUGUGCUUACAGAAGACAAGCCGAUAAAACCAGUCAUUGUGGAGUCUGACUUUGCAAAAUAUAUGGGAAAGUUUGAAGAUUUUGUUCAAGGACGUAUUGAAACUUCAUUUGGAAAGAUCAGCCUGGGAGCUGGAGGGAAGGGCUAUGUGGAAAACCAGUCCUCAUUUGGAAACUUGAGGAAGCAGGAGAUUGAUUUGCAGCAGCUUAUGAAAGACGUCAAGGACAGAACAAUAAAUCUAAACAGUAGUUUACUGCAACAAGUAAUAGAAAGAAAACGUGAAGUGCUGUGCAUCUUGAGAGAAAAGAUAAUAACAACUCAGAAGUGUACAAUAUCUGAACAUAUCCAGACAGAAGGAAAAAUCAGUGGUGUGAUGGGAUGCACUACAAAAACAGUAAAGGUUUCAGUGAGUGAAAAUGGAAGUAUGAUAAAGGACUCUAGUGUGAUCCUUGAAAUUCCUCCUGCAACCACUAUUGCCUACGGUGUAAUUGAACUGUUUAUAAAGCACAGUGGCCAGUUUCAAUUCUGUCUGCUUGAUGAACAGCAAGGAGGCUUUGAAAAAGAAAGCGCAGAAGGCUCAACUGAUUCCCGUUCAGCACUGUUCGGAGAUGCUUUGUUUCUCUAUCAGCCAGAUGCUGUUGAUAAUGAGAUGUACUCUGGAGCUAAAAACCUUAUUCCCAGUGAUGCUUCUUUAUGUGUAUUGGAACAAGAUCUGUCACAGCUGAAGACUCAGUUCCAGCCCUUUGUGAAGCUGCCAGAAGACAAGCGAAGAGCUUUAUAUAAAACCCUUUGUGAAUUCUUGCUCCAUGAAGAAAUGGUAGCUGCCCUGGAGGAUGUGUUAGAUGAUAUCUGCACAGGAGACAAGCCAGAGCUGACGGAGUUAAAACCUGCGCAACAACGAGACCUCCUUGACUUCUUGCAGCUCUUAGGGUGCAGCUUACAGAGCGAGCUGUUGUUGCAGAAAUGUCAGCCUCAGGAUGAAGAACUCUUCUUAGCUGCUCACCUCCUCAUCAGUGCUGUCUCCGAGCUGUCUGAUUACACUCUCGUCCUGCUGCGUGCCUGCUGUGAUCUUAAGGUUGUUUCGGCAUUGUGUUGUUUGCCUAAUAUCGCUUCAGCCGAUGGCACCUUGGCGCUGAGCAGUCCUUUGGUGGCUACUCUCACUGACAGAGGAAGAUUUGAUGUCGUGCAAAGGCUGUUUGCUUCAUCAAACAUUAAUCUGGAAAUGACGGAGUCUUCUGUAAAAGCUCUAACUAUGAAAGAACCUAGAUUCUUCCCACUUGUUCUUUAUGUUGCAUUGUAUGGAUUUUAUGCUUUAGGUGGGAAUGUAUAAUGUAUAGGAGCUUUGCUGAGUAUCCAGUUACUGCUCUGGCCUGUUCUUUCUUCUGUAGCUCUGCAGGGUAGUGUUGGUGUGUUUGAGCUAGCGGUAGAGCCACUCAGCUGAGCGCUAAGGGCAGUCCGGAUGGGGUUACGGAGGCGAGGGUGGGCUCUGCGUGCCCGGGGUGAGCGCUCUGCGCUGCCCUCAGGUGUGUGGCUGCUCUGCCUUUUCACUGAGGUGCGUCGGCAGUGGAAAAUACAUAAAUAAGGGAUGAAGGGGAGGAAGGAAAAAAGACAAGUCUGGACCAGAAAUUGAACACAGCAGUAGAAGCCUGAUUGCUUGCAUUAAUAUGCAUGGGAGAAAACUGCGAAGUACAAACUGCUUUUUGUAAGCAGGCAAACAAGCGGGCUGUGGAAAAGCAGGGUUCUGCAAGGCAGUAAGUGUUUUGCUCGUUUAAGACCUGAUGUGCAGAAUGCCUUCACUCUGGAGCAAGUGGAAUGGAGGGCCCUCAAAGAGGUACUUGAUUAGGUUUUCAUUUAUUAAGUGUGGUUUGGCUUUACGGAUGUGAACUGCACACUGCAGGAAAUAAAACCCUCUUUUUUCAACAACUCAGACCACCCUAGGGAUUUAUGCCUCUGGACAGCGUGUCUGUGUUCUAAUAAGUUCCUACCCUAGCAAGUUUCAGCCGCUUAAAUUGCAUUCUGAACUCUCCUCUUUGAGGUACAGUGACGCCUUUUGGCGUGUGCACGUGAACUGUCCCUGCUGCACGCCACAAAAAUGAUCAUUUUACCCAUAUGACACUGUAAGCGCAGGUAUUUUGCUUGUUUCUUUGACUACCAGCAAAGCGUGAGUAAAGCACUUUGUGCUUUGAACUCUUUUGCUUUUUUUUUCAUUGUAAUUUUUUGUAAUUAUGUGGAUGGGACAGAAAUGCAGCAGAGAUGACUGUAAAUAUGGGCUUGGGAAGAUGAUGUUCCAGGUAAGUGGAAUAUCGGUGCUUUCAGAUGAGAUCGUGAGACGGCUGACCGACAGACAAGCAGGUCUGUGUGCCUGUGUCGGGGGGCGGUGGGUAACCAGGCCCCACAGCCUCGCCAGUGCGGAGGAGUCCUGGGUUCAGUUUUCUGCUACGUUUGCUCCCACGCGGUCUUGAGCAGGUUGUGGAGGUCGUCAAAAACCUGCAUCGGUUAAGCUUUCCCUGCGGAGGUGGACUUUGCAGAAAAGCACCGUGGUACCUUUCCAUGCCCGGAGAGCGCAGGAUGGCGUCGCACGCUGAGCUCCUGGCGUUUCUGUGUCUCAGCUGUUAAAUGAAGCUGAUGGUGUUGCUCGACCCCUGCACUCUGGUGUGUACGGAACCGUCCUUCCGGCGGGUGGAAGCGCGUUGCCCUGCUUCUGGGAGUGAUGCGUGUUUGUAAAUGGGAAAGUCGUCUUUUGCCAAUAACUACUCAAAAGUUGCCACUGUAACUAAUUUAUCAAAACUUUCUAUUAAAUGUUAUGUCAGCUCAAUAGAAUAACUUAUAACCUCA